GGGCUGACGGGCAGCGCGCGCUAUAAAUGGGGACACGCGGCGGUGGCGCGCGCCUGUGGCGAUCGCGUGUGAGGUGAGGUCUGUCCCGGUUCUCUCCGUAGGAAAUCUCUACCACUGCCCCUCCCCCGUGUGGGAUUUUGGCAAUUUUGUGCAACCUAGAACACAUGAGGGCUGGAGGAGGAUGGGGUGUAGGGGCAGAUACACGAUACGGAGUUACCAAGGCGGAAGUGAGUGCACGUGGAGGACUGGAUUGCUUCGGAGCAGCAGGUUGUGUUUUUCAAGGUUACGAACCAAGACAGAACAUCAUGUCCAUAGGGAAUCUCUAUGGACCUACUGGACUGGGGAACUUGGAGCCUCUAGUGGAUUUUGUGUUUGUCAAUCUUUUCUAUUGUGUUAGCUUGGCCACCAUCCCUGAAGGUGUAUCUUGAAGCCACGUAGCCAUCCAUCAUCAUCUUACUGUGGUGGCUGAGGCGGGAGGAUCCUGAGUUAACAUCCAGACUGGACUACAUACAAAAAUAAACAGAGGCAGUUCCUUCAGACAACCAGGCUUCCCUCCAGGUGGUUUCUACAAACAUCCUACUUCCCUUCAGCCUCUGCGACAGCAUUGCUUCUAGCCCUCUUGCUAUUCUUACCUUGAGACUGUGAGGGCCAUGGCUGAGAGAGUGCUGGUGCCCACCCAGAUAGGCCGGGGGGACCGCUACUACACAUACACGGAGUUGUUGGCUAUCUCACGGCGUUUCAAGCAGAACCCCAAUGAGCUCAUGGUCACCUGGAUCCUGCGGGUGUAUGACCAGGGAGGCCCUGCCCUGUCCCUGAAUUCUGGGGAGCUGGGGCUGCUGGGUGACCUCACCCAUGAUGCCAUCUUUAACUACCGCUGCAAGGCCCUGCGGGGGGCUGGCUGCCAGACUCUCCUGAGCUGGCUGCUGCAGGCCUGGCGUCAGCGUUGGGAAUCCUCCCUGCAUUUUGAGGCCACCGAGUUACCCUUCAGGCCCUGGACCACCAUGGAGGAAGGCAUCCAGUUGGUGCGUGAGCUGGGCAUGAUUGAGUGGAUCUACCUUGACCCAGAAGGGCCCGUGGACCUGGCCCCAGAGGAUGUGGCCUUCACUCAAGGCCUGCAGCGGCGCCUGCUCACAGCAGCCCCCUCUGAGCUGCGGCUUUCACUGGUCAGCCUGCUGGUACGUGGCAUGACAGUGUUGGAGGCUGUGAUGGAGAUCCAGACUAUUGCUGACGUGGGUCUGCUCUGGCGCCAGAGCCAUCCAGGCCGCACCAAGCUCAUGUUGGGGCCCAACCCAACUCGUAAGGACCUCCUAGGCUGGCUGCUCAGCCACGGUGUACCCCGGGAGCAAGUAGACAGACAGCCCACCAAGGUACUCCUAGAACUCUACAUCAAAGAAGCCAAGCGCAGUCGCGGCCACCCCAACUAUGGGCUGAACGAGGAGCAGCCCCCACCACCCCCUUACUCCGACCAGGCCUGUGGGGAAGAGCAACCGGUGCGUCAUGACUAAGUCCUGGACUGACGUCAAGAGGACACUUACACCCCAGGGUCGAAGGUGGGAAAGUGAAUUGCAGAGAGGCUGUCUGUAACCCAGGUGACUAGGAAGCAGCUUGGGGAGCGCCCAAGUGGACAUUCCCAUCCUAUAGCACUUAAUGCCAAGCUCGGUGGCCCCAAAGAGAAGUGUGCAUGUUCCUAGCCACACCAUCCAUAUGGAAAGUGAGCCACAGGUGGCUAUUGGUUGUGAAUCUAGGGUGCUUAUGGCCCUAGAAUUAAUCCCCCUGAGUUGAAGCUUAAGGCCAUGCUAAGAUGUGUGGCCACAUCAGGGUCCCCACCCCUCUGCCUCCACAUGGACCCCAAAGCACUACAUACAGGCCAUCUUGAAUUUUUUACUUUUUCAAUGCAACACUUACAUAGUAUUUUAGGUAUAGGCCGUACUUCCAUGGCCUUUUACUGGAUGUUUGACACUUUAGGGCCAGUCUCCCUAGUGUAAAGGCUUAACAUUGCAAACUUUUCUAAUGCAGCAUUUUUACUUUAUAUUUUAUUUUGAGCUUAUGUGACACUUUGGUUUUGGGGAGAGGAGAACCCCCUUUUGUAAAGAUUUUGCUUUGGGGACCUUGUCCCCGUUUUCUUUUAACCAUGCCCUUCCCUUUUGAAGCACCUUCCAGCCGGGUCUGGUCUCCCUGGCUGCACAGAUGGCCCCUGGCCAAUGCAGAUCUGGAUUUAGUGGAGGGGUGAGGUGGGCAGCCCUGGAACUUCUGCCUUCGUGAGUUUCUAUUAAAUGGCUGGUUCAUUGCCCUCUG